GAGAAUUCAAACAACAACAACAACAACAUUAAGCUCAAGAUCAUAUUGUUUUUUAUUAUAUUGAAAUUCAUUUUAUAGUGGAAUCAUCGAUCUAAAUAAGAAGAAACUUUUUAAAAUUUUGAUCUCAUUCAUUCGUUUUUUUUUGAUAACUUGGCUAAUCGAGUAAAAUUAUGGCAACGAUCGAUUUGAACAAACAAAAUGGUGGUCCUCAUCAUAAUCACAACCAGAAUAAUUGCCAUCAUUCAUAUCAUUCUAUUAAUAAAACUCAAAACGACAAUUCUAAACGAAAUCGGCUAGCAAAUGGCAACGAUUCCGGUGUUGAACAGCAAAAUUCUUCUGCUAUCCAGCCAUUAAGAAUCGAUUAUAGCAAAUGUUCGAAGGUUACUGUCGUUCUUGGUUCACAAUGGGGUGAUGAAGGAAAAGGAAAGAUUGUCGAUUUGAUCGCUUCUGAGAUGGAUGUCAUUUGUCGAUGUCAAGGUGGAAAUAAUGCAGGUCAUACUGUGGUUGCUGAUGGUGUUGAAUAUGAUUUCCAUUUAUUACCCAGUGGUAUCAUUAAUGCAAAUAUUACAUCCGUUCUUGGUAAUGGCGUGGUCAUCCAUCUAGGCCAAUUAUUAGACGAGAUUCACAAAAACGAAGGAAAAGGUCUCAUAAAUUGGCAACAACGUCUGAUCAUUUCUGAUCGUGCUCAUUUGGUGUUUGAUUUCCACCAAGAAGUCGAUGGUUUAAUCGAAAAAGCUAAAGGAACGAAAAGUCUUGGCACGACAAAAAAAGGCAUUGGGCCAACAUAUUCAACAAAAGCAUCACGUAUUGGCAUUCGUAUGGCCGAUCUGAUGGGUGAUUUUGAUAAAUUUUCAGAAAAAUUUCGUUCUUUAGUCAAAUUUUAUCAGAUUCAAUUCCCUGACUUGAAAGCAAAUGUUGACGAACAAUUGGAACGCAUAAAAGAAAUGAGAGAACAUAUUCGCACUUGUGUCAUUGACACAAUACCAUUCAUAUCAAGAUCGAUUCAUGAAAAACGAAACAUUUUAGUCGAAGGUGCCAAUGCAAACAUGCUGGACAUUGAUUUUGGAACAUAUCCUUAUGUAACAUCUUCGAAUUGUACGGUUGGUGGUGCUUGUACCGGAUUAGGCAUACCUCCAAGAUUCAUCGGUGAUGUUUAUGGCGUUGCUAAAGCAUAUUGUACUCGAGUAGGUGAUGGACCAUUUCCAACUGAAUUGACAAAUGAAAUUGGCGAUUAUCUUCAACAAGUUGGUAAAGAAAUUGGUGUAACCACCAAAAGAAAACGUAGAUGUGGAUGGCUUGAUAUUGUUUUGCUUCGUUAUGCCGAUAUGAUCAAUGGAUUUUCAGCUAUUGCAUUGACUAAAUUGGACAUAUUGGAUGGAUUAUCUGAGAUAAAAAUUGGCAUCAGCUAUAUGAUUGAUGGCAGUGAAAUUGAAUCGCCACCGUCAAACAUUGUCGAUAUGGAAAAAGUAACCGUCAAUUAUGUUACAUUACCCGGUUGGAAAUGUUCGAUUAGCCAAUGUCGACGAUUUGAUGAUUUGCCCGAAAAAGCUCAAAAUUAUGUCCGAAAAGUAGAGUCAUUGUUAGGAAAGCCAAUAAAAUGGAUCGGUGUUGGCGCAUCACGUAAUUCAAUUAUACAAUUAUUUUGAUUAUUAAAGAAUUAUAUGGACAAUAUUUAUGGUCAAAAAAAAAAUGAAUCUUCCACACAAAAGUUUUGUCCAACAUUAUUUUUCACCAUUCAAAUAUAUUAUCAAGCUUUGUUUUUUCGGAAAGAAUAUUUUUUAAUAUCUGCAAAUUUGUUAUGUUUUUUUUCAAACAUAUUUUCAAUUUGUUUUUAUGAUGGCAUUUUCACAAGAAAAAGGUAUUACAAUGUUUUGAAAAAUUCUAUAAGAAUAGUAAAUGGUGUUCGCCAUUGAACAUGCGGCAAACCUCCAUUUAA